ACUAAAAUUUGGCACGCCCCUUGCCGAUGGACGGUUUCCCCCGGGGCCGUAGGCGACCUGAAAAGGGGACGACGCGAGGAGGGGGAGGACGAGGAGGAGGAGGAGGCGGAGGCGGAGGAGGAGGCGGAGGAGGAGGAGGACGGGUCGCCUAAGCCCUUCGGAGAAGCCCUCCGCUUGCCGAGAGGUGGUCGGGAACUUCUGCUCCGCCCGCCGCGUGCCGAGGCGCCGGCGACAUGCCGCGCCUGGCGGGCGGACCGCUCGCCACCCCGCCCCACAGGGGUACCGGAGGCGGGGACAGAGCCCGGGCAGCGAGCGCUCGGGCAUGGUGGCCCAGAGCCGGCGCCACGACUUGAGCAGGGGCCGACCGCCCUGGCAUGCCUAUAGUCCUGCCACGAGAUGUUCUCAGAGCCCGGACAUGUUCUGAGAACAGGAGCCGUGUUCUUAGAACAUAGGCCCGAUGCUGAGACAAGACCGACUCAGCCAGAAACGUUCUAAGAACAUGUCGGGCAGACCGCAAAAGGAUCUCAGAACAUUCUUUGGUGGCCCUAUAAGCAAGCCAGGACGCUUCGUCACUGCUUGAGCGACACGCCACGCCGAAGUUCCUGACCGCUUCACUGCGCGACAACUCCCCGUGCAGCGUUCAGGCUGCGGGCGAGGGGCAGACGGGCCCCUCGUCGCUUCAUUCGGCCACACGCAAGAAGUGACCCCAGGCAAGAGUCACCUUUGGUGCGCGGCUCAGGGGACGAGAUCCAAGCGCGCGGGCCAAAGCUGGGGCCACCCCUGUGAGCCCGCACCAAAGGCCACUCCGGCGCAAGGUCACUCUUACGUGUGGCCGCUUCGUAUUGACGAGCGCGACGCUCGUGCCCACCAGACGACGGCCGGUGAGGCCUGAGGAGCCGGCACAGGUGGACCUGUCCCUGGGCCGCGCGGGCCGGGAUGGCGCGAGCGGGCUGGGGCCCUGCUGCUCCCUCGAGCGAUGGGUAAAAAAUCACGUGCUGAGAACAUUCUGCGACAGCUCCUUCAGCAGCGUUGAUGCCGGGCGAAGGCGCAAGGGAUGACGGGCCCUUCGUGUCGCUUCCUGGGUGACGGGCGAGCGUGCACACUCAAAACCUGUUGUUGAGGGUCCAUUUUCCCCAAGGGUGAUCAACAAAACCCCUACUUGGACACGCGGGCCGCGUCUUUGACGGCAGCGUCCGCAUCUGCCCUAGCGCAUGCGCUGUGAACGCUGCAAACCUGUUUCCAUACAGAUGAAACUGCUGCCCACCAGGUGGGAAAGUGGUUGUACUCGACAUUGAACUCCUGACACGUUGCACGUACGAUUGGCGCAAUGGUGUGAAAGUGCUUGUGGCUGAUUCUGGGGAACAGAUGAUGCUCGAUCUGCAUGUUGAUGCCACCGAACACAAAAGACCACAUCGGGCCGCCCCAAUUAGCUGAGCCAACAACUUGAGUCUCACCCCAAUCUGGUUUUUUCUUCUUCAAAUCGCAAUGCUUGGCAUGUGCCGUUGAUGCCUCAUCCGUAAUGUGCGCAUCAUGAUCCGCGAAGAUGUUAAUGCUGUAAGUGACGUUUGCUGCGAGGAAAUAAGCACUAACAGCUGCCACUGCCACGAAUAACGAUCCUUUGAUGGCAAGCGCGGAGAACCACAACACCACCCAUAACGAUACGAAGGACCAAGUGUUGUCGAACUCGAUCUUGCUCAUGUCUAAAGUCCAGAGCUGACGACUGGAUUGAGGCAGCGCCUUCAUCCAAUUGUACUGGAUGAUCUGUCCAAAAUACAUGCCUGGAACAAGAAGCAUCCCGAAGAACUGCCAGAACGGAGGCCCCAGCAACAUGUAGGCGCUGCCAGCUCCAUACUUUGGGAGGGCCUCAUGUGUGCGCAUUACGGGGCUACCAUGGUGCAUAUCUGGAUCCAGUGCAGGGUAUCCUGUGAAGCUGUGGUGAAAUAUUACAUGAUGCACACGCCACUCUAUAUGGUCCCAGAAGGCGCAUGCGUUCCAAAUGUUUGAUAGGAUCGAAUCAAACGCUGGGCCUGUUACGGCAAAGUGUGAAGCAUCGUGGAACAUGAUGAAUCCCCAAGAUAACAGCAUGAAUCCUGCACACGCUGCACAUAAGCACACCUCAACUGCGCCAUAAUCAUUUGCUGCCAACACGACGCUCUCGACAAGCAUACCAACCCACUGGAUAGCAAAAGCAACGAAGGACUUGGUAAGGACCCAGCCGUCUCCUGUAGCCUUGCAUGUUUGCCCAGAUACUUUGCGAAGGUGCUUGCUGACCCGUGUGCGCAAUGUGGCAUAGAAUCCGUCAUGCUCAAAACUGUACAUCUCUGGCACCUUCUCUCCAGUAGCCAUGGGCUUCAAAACAUGACGCAUCGUCUUUGCAUCCACAAGAGCGUGGUAGCUUUCGAACAAAGGAGUCGCGUCUGGCAAGUCCAAAGCUGCGACUUGCUCCAGCAAUAACUUGCCACCAGGGUGCCUGGAGGAAUAAUCAGUGACAUCGUGAAUUUCACCGUAGAUCUUCAAGAGGAGCCUCUUACCCGCAGAAGCGUCAGCAACUUUUUUCGUAUCAGAGUAGCCUGCAACAUCUUUCAACAAUACGUUCGUCAACGUCAUCGCUGCUUACAGCUAGUAGCGCACGAUAUCGGCACGCUACGCCCUGCGCCAGUCGCGCUCGAGCCA